UUUCGGUUUAAUUAGACGUUUCAUUUGUGUUUGCUGCAUUCGUUCGCACAUCCGCAUGUUCUUGAUAUAUAAUAAUACACACAUACAGAUGUACAUGUUGUAGUUGUAUAGAUAUGUAGUAACUAUCGCAUAUACGCCGCGCAUUUUCCUUUCGAUACAUUGUUGUCUACAAAUCAUUAAGCUAAAAUUUUCGAAAAUUUCUUAUGAUUUCGUGUCGGUCGAGUUUUUUUUUUUGUGUGCUUCCUUUUGUUUUGUUGUUACACAAAUUUCAUUGCUCGACGAUUUCGUCUGGUGAAUGAUGUCGCCGGUGGCUAGAGUGUGUAGUGUCGCUCGUAUAUAUCAAUUAUACUAUGUAUGAAUGAAACGUGAAACGCGCGGAAAGUGUGGAAAAAUAAAAAUAUACAGAAAUACGGAAAUCUAAAAAAAAAAAAAAAUAAUUUAUGUAGUAGCAGUUUUGGAUCCAUCGCCGUACAAAUGAAAAUAAUACAUACAUAUUUCGUAAAUUUAUGUAGGUAGUGUAAAAAUGUGAAUCUCGCAGCAGCAGUAGAACAAAAUUGUGACCAAAAAUAAAUAUCUACAAUACAUACAUACGACGUAUAUAGUAUGUAUAAACGAAAAAAGAAAGACUAUGAAAUAUUGUUGAUGCAUGCAACAGCAGGCAAUUUCGCACGGAUUUGCAGCUAGGCGAGAUCGAGCUGCAAGUGACUCAUUGCUAGAGGAGCGCGCGUGUACCGUCUGAGACAUACUCGUACGCGACUGCUGCUGGUCGCUGGGUUGACACGCUGGCGCUACUUUAGUUAUUUUAGAAAUAAAAACGUGAAAGUGAAGCAAAAAAAAGAAGAAGAAAAAUUAAAAAAUUACUAAAAACACGUAUUGCCACAAACGUUUAAGAAGUCCCCUCUUUUUUCAGUUGUUGCUAUUUUUUUUUUGGUUUUUUUGAAAAAAAGAAGGGCUAAAUUAGUUUUGGCGGCAAUUCAAAAUUCGGAACUUUUGGUGGCCUCAUUCGUUGUGGAAGCUGAUUUGAAGUGAAUGUUUUUUUUGGAAUUUCUAUUUUUGCUAACUUCUGUGCCUUGAGCCGCUUUUGAUGUGUAAAAAAAAAAGAAAUGUUGUAAAAGUAUCUGUGUGUGUAUAUGAAACAUUUAUGAUUUACGACGAGUCACCAGCAAAACGAGAAAAGAAAAAAUAAGUAAAUGCACGCAUUUAUUUAUAAAUAUUACCGCUAAACAGUGAAAAAGGGUUUGCCAGCGUGGCUAUUUGUUUACUUAACGCGCGCUUAUCAGUUUAACCAGAAACUGACAUCGAUAACGUGAAUAAGACCCUCAAUGCAAUUAGUCAAAUUGAAAUCGGAAAAGUCUGAAAAUAAAUAAAACGCUGAUAAAGUCAAGUCCAAAAGAAAUUUGGUUGCCAUACUUAGGAUAAAAAUAAAUCAAACAAAAGAAAAUAUUAAAAAAAAAUUACAACAUUUUUACUAAAGUAGUGCCAACCAUAAAUGUAAAGUGCCAAAUUGUAGUAGCAGUAAAAUAACAAACUACGCAAGUAACGAAACCAAAGAUAUAUAUCCAAAAUUAGAAAAUAGCACAAAAUCAAACGACCAAAAAAAAAAAAACAAAAGAUUAAUCAUAAAAACACCAAAAAUGUCGGGCAUAUUCCGUAGCACUUCGUUGAACAACACCAGUCAUUCUACACCGCAGAAACGCUACUCUUUUGGCGCUUUUUGCACAAGUCCGAGCACACUGAAGGAUGUUACAAUGGAGCACCCAUAUGGAGUUGGAUUUCCGUGUGUCAGCUUGCAAGGACAUGGCGUGUCAUCGCCACCUGUACAAGGGCGUUCAGUGCGCGAAUUCGAAGAGCAAAUGGCAUCGCUACGUAAAGAGAAUUUCAAUCUAAAAUUACGCUUAUAUUUUUUGGAGGAAAGUGUGCCAGGUUAUCAUCAAUCAAAUGCAGAGGGUCCGGAGUCGCUGAUGAAGCAGCUGAUUGAUACGAAGGUUGAAAUUGAAAUCUUGCGUAAGGAACUUGAAGAGAAGCAAGAUUUAUUGAAGGAAGCUGCACAGGCCAUGAAUCACAUGGAACAAAUACAAAAAGAGACUGAAACCAAGGGACAAGCCUUUAUAGACGAACUAAAACAGAAGAUACAAUUUUUGGAGAUGGAACGCGAUUUGGAUAAAACUCAUCACAGCGGUUUUAUGAAUGAUUUGCUCGGACACUCAGAUAUAUCGGAAAAUGUGAAUGCUUUACAAAAAAUUCGUGAACUGGAGGGUAUGGUCACACAGUGCGAGGGUAAAAUGCAUGCGUUGCAAAUGCAAAACUCGAAAUUGGAAGAGAUCAUAGCAAAACGCGAUGAGGCAAUCAAAGAAUAUGAGGAAAAAGUAAAAGAGUUGGCAUUUCAAAAUGCUGAACUGCUGGAAACGAUGGAGAACAAGGAGAAGGAAAUGGCGACAGCGGAGCUAAAUUUGAAAAGUCUUCGUCUGACCAAUGCCAAACUGAAGGAAGGCAAUAACAAUUUAAUCCGUGUUCUAAAAAUCACAGAAGAAAAUUACCACAAAGAGUUUUCGAAUACGAAGGUAUGUGAAAAACGAAUGAGAGAACAACAGGAUGCAUUAAGCAAAAUGCAACUCGAAUUGAGGGAGAAAAAAAUGCAGUUGGCUGAUAAGCUUUGUGAAUUAGAUGAUGCGCAAGAGGAACUGAAAAAGUUGCGAAAAAGUUAUGACACCGCUUGUCGUACACUACAACAACUAUUGCAACGCGAGAAAAGUCUACAGGAUAGCGGAAGCCGUACGCUGAGUGACUCAGAGGCUUUACAAAAUAGUGCACAAAAAUGCGAUCAUGAGAAAACGAUCAAGAGCCUUGAAUCCGAAGUGAAGAAGAAGACUGCUGCCUUGCAGAACCUUGUCAACAACGAACUUUGGCAAAAGAAUCGUGAAAUUGAGCGUCUUACCAAAUUUAUCAACGCCAACACUACAUCCCCGCUCUCUCCGACCGCGGUUCGUAAGAAUCUAGAGUCUCUCCAACUACAGCAAUCCUUCACCGAAACUGACUACACGAAAGCCUUAGAGCACAACAAACUGCUCCAACGCAAAGUGGACGUGCUGAAUCAGCGUCUUGUCAGCGAACGUACCAAUGAUGCUUUGAUCGAAGAGCUGCGCCGCGAAGCGCGCACAGCACGCGCUGAAGCUGACAAUGCAGAGACAUGUCGACGCGCAUAUGCUAAGGUCUUCGUAGCGCUUUCCGAUCGUCUCUACGAACUGGCCGGCUUCCUUAAUUCUCUAAUGAAGAACAAAGAAGUGCUGAGUUUCCUGUCGACCGAACGGCGGCGUGCUAUGCGUACUGCUGUUGACUGCAGUCUUGAUUUGUCUACGAGCAUUCGUGAGUCAUUGACUAUAGGUGAACAAAGUUUCGAAGGUAUAAGUAAUCUAUCACGUUUGCUGAUGGACGAUGAGGAGCGCGAAAGCUGUUUGGUUAGUAAGACACACAAUUCGCAAGAACAAUUCCGUGGCCGUCAAUCUUUCGAUGUGUUACGCUCGGAGAAUAGGGCGUUACGUAAGAUUUUGGACGGUCGUCGCAGCUGUGGUGGUGCGGAUUAUGCGAAGGAUGCCAAGGAGCGCCGCUCAUUGCCGCCAUUUUUAUUGGAUAAUUUGAGCGAAUCUGAAGCGUGGUCUGAACCGGAUCGUCAGGUAUCGAUGGCACGUAUUGGACUGGAGGAGCAUGCAACCACAGCCGCUGCCGCCACAGCCAAAGACUCAGCCACCAAACAAACACCGCCCACGGCCGAAACAGAUAGCGAGAGCGAAAGUGAUGUGCUGCAGCAGAGUCGUACAAUGAAGUUGCGAAAUCAGGAGCGCAUCGCCCAGCUGGAGAAACAAAUUGCGCAGCGCGAUGAUCGCAUUUUGAUGAUUCAAUUCCAAUUGGUGGAAGCGGACAAUAAUUUGAAGAAAGAGUCGCUGCGUGCCACAUCACUGACGCAAGAGAUCGAACAGUUGCGUCACCGCAAUGAAGAGUUGUUAACAGAUCUGAUAUCAAUAGGCGGCGAACAGUCAAAGGAUGGCACCGCUAUGUCCGAGAGCUCCCAGCUUAAUAAUUCUCUACUACAGCGCCAAAUAGAUGAAAAGUGUCGCGUCAUUGAACAAUUGCAAGAGGAACGCGAUCGCAUCACUGUUGAGGCGCGUUUGGCCGAGGUGCAAGUGGGUGCGCUGAAAGCCGAUAUUGAAGAUAUCAAACAAAAGUACGAAAUUCAGCUGAAACUAGCCAGCGAAAAAGAGCGUCAGCAUUUGGAUGAGCUAAAGAACGAAUUGGAACAACUCAUGCAGCAGCGCUUGAAGGAGCAAGAGCGUGUACACAAGGAGACGCUGACGCGUGAAUGGGUCGCACGCACAACGUACGAUGAUUGCAGAACACAAUUAACCAACAUGCAAUCACGGUACAUAGAGUCUGAACGCACUAUUGAAUAUCUGACGGACAACGAGCAAGACCUCAAGCGAGCGCUGAUAACUAGCGAAAUGGAGAUACGUGGACUGAAAAAACAAUUGGACGAGAGCGUGCUGCAAGCCUCUAAGGUGGUUACCGAACGCACAAAAUUAUGCAACGAGAAAUUGCAGCUGGAGAAACGUUUGAUGGAGUUGCAACAACAAUUGAGCGCCGCCGGCACGCUGCAGGAGGAAACCAAAAAACGCGUCACCGCGCUUGAACGCUUACAACAAACACUAAACGAGCAAAUACAACAAUCGCAAAUAGCGGCAGAAAAUCGACCAAAUGCCAGCGAUACUUCGCCGUCAGGCUAUGCCUCGGACGAUGUGCAAAAGUCGAGCACAAAACGCGACAGUAACUCAUCGCCUGAUCUAGGUAUACACAGUGAUACGGGACGCGUGUCCAGCCUGGAAAUGUCGCACAUGCAACGUUCGCUGCUAAAGACUGUGACGGUGCCAGAAGCGGCCAGUGAGUUGGCGGCAAACGAAGACACAACAUACAGUAUACAGGAUAAGAAACACAUUAGCAACUUAGCAGCCAACAAACGCGUACAGCAUAGCUUAUCUUCCGAUCUGGGUAUUGACAGCGAUGCAGGGCGCACGCGCAGCGCGGAUGCCAAAAAGGAAUCCCCGGGCAGUGCAGAGACCGACGACAGCAACACGGAGAACAAGAUGAGUGUCGCAAACGUGAAUACGAGCAACGCAAACACAUCUGGCACCAGCGGCACAAUGCCAAUACACGACUGCAUCAAGGUAGAGCAAGAAAAUGCCGAAUUGCGUCGUAAGCUCGCGCAAACGAAACGCGCAUUCGAAGAUACCUACAAAAAAUUGCACAUUUCCAAUAAACGCAAAGAGAACUUUGAAAAGGAGGUUAAAGAGCAAAUACUAAAAACGAAAAACACACUAAAAUAUGCGCGCUUCCAUAUGUCUAAAGUGCAGCCACCACUUAACGCACAGCAUCACCAUCAGCAAGAGCAACCGCAAUCAACGCACCAGGCACAUCAUCAACAAACACAACAACAACAACAACGUAAUGUAACAAAUGUUGAUGAUGGUGAUAACACAACAAAGUCGAGUAGUGAUGCACCGCAUUAGAAGGCAUUAGAAAAAAGCAAUAGAAGCGACUAAAUCAUCACGCACAAAUACAUGCAGUUGCACAAUGCACGACGCACACUCACUAACUACAUACAGAUGGCUAAAUAUUUUAAUUUAGUGAAUUACUAGUUUUAUUUAACAUUUAUAUAUAGUUAAAAAAUAAUCAUUUUUAGCGCCUAAGCACUUUUUAUAUAAAGACAUUUAUUAUUUAUAUUUAACUCUAUUAUAAUGUAUUUAUAUGUAUGUAUUGGCGUUAUGAGAACUUGUUGAAUGUAUACAUGUUAUUCGAGCAUAAUUUAUUUACCUAACUUUAAGUGAUUAACCGCAUAUUUUCAGUCAUUUAACAUACAAAUGUAGAUUAACAGAAUGUCCUCAUUAAAUUACAUGUUAAUUUUAGCUCCUCAUUAGUCUAGUGAAUUCGUAAGUUUUUUUUGAAUAAUUAAAAAUGUUAUCUAAUUAGUUUAAGUUACUAAGCAUGUUAAUAACUAACUAAUAGCAAUUAGUUUGAAGUUAUAAAAAAUUUAUGAAAAAGACCAACUAUGUUUAGAACCCACACCACGCAUAUUCCAACGCCAUUGCCCGCUACGACAACUUUAAACAAAAUAUAUACCUACGCAUAUGCCAGUGCCAUUUUUAAAAUGACAAUACAACAAAAGGGACAUACUUUUGCGGAUUUUACUGAAAUCAUAGAAGGAAGACAAAUUUUACGGUCAUUGCGCCAAAAACAUUUUAACAAAAAAUUAACCUCAUUUCUAAUGCCAUUAGUUUAGUUUGUUAAUUUUAAUGUAGUUUCUACAUCACAUACAUAAAUUAGAAAUUAAGUUUGUCCCUUCUAAAACACGUAAAUGGAAAAUAUAAAAAAUUUGAUUCAACAAACUUAACCUUAACUUAGUACCUUA